AUGGCCCACGAUGUGGAUGGGGACUGGCGCACGCUCUACACGGGAGCGGACAACGUGGAGAAGACGAGCGAAGGGGGGCCCCUGAGAGCUUACUACCGCCACAUGGAAUGCACCCCAAGUUGUGAGAACGUCACUCUGUCUUUUUACAUCAAGUUCGGGGAGAACUGCACACUGAUCACCAUCGUGGGCCAGCGGACACCGGAAGGCAGUUACAGCAUAUACGCCGAAGAAACGGGCUUAAGCACCUUCCAAGUUCUGCCGCUCACAGAAAAGCUCAUGUCCGUGUACAACGUUAAUGUGGACCCAGAGGAAAAGACUACACACAUGAUCACGCUUAUCGGAAAGGACACGACUGUCACCGAGGAGCAGCUGCAGGAGUUCUACCAGCUGGCUGAGAAGCACGGCAUUGCCAAGGAGAACAUUCAGGACGCGGUGCCCACGGAUACGUGUGAGGAUUAAGGACAUCCCCUGGGUGAGCAGAAAUCCAUUAUAUCAGACAGAGUUUCUGGGACGUCCUCACCAUCAGAUCCGACUCUGAAAUGAAGAUUAUUUCUCCCCAGCUUCUUCUCAUCUCACCUGGAGAGCAGGAGUCUCUGACACAUGGAUUUACUUACUCCCCAAUACUCGCCCCCGGUUUUGAAUAACUGAAUAAAUAUUUCUUAUGCAAAGAGGAA